AUGGCCAGUGCAAUUACAAUGGAGAAAGUUGCUCGACCUGAAUUAGCUAAACACGAAUCAUCGAUUCUGGAUUUAGUCUUUGUUAUGGACUGCACUGGAUCGAUGGGAUCAUAUAUUGCGAGUGCUACAAAUAAUAUACGUUCAAUUGUGGAAGAAAUUGUCGUUAGCGAAAAAAGUGACAUUCGUUUGGCGCUUGUCGAAUAUCGUGAUCAUCCACCUCAAGAUGACACUUUUGUCACACGUGUGCAUGAUUUUACCGCUAAAGUUAGCGAGAUGAAAGGUUGGUUACAAGAAUGUCAAGCAAUUGGAGGUGGAGAUGCACCAGAAGCUGUAGCUGAUGGACUUCAUGCUGUUCUCAAACUAUCGUGGCGCGCUGAAUCAACAAAAAUUUGUAUUCUGAUUGCCGAUGCUCCACCUCAUGGACUCAAUCCUAGUGGUGAUGGUUUUCCCAAUGGAUGUCCCAAUGGUCUUGAUCCUGUACAAAUCGUUCGAGAAAUGGCAGAAAAACAUAUCACACUCUACUCAGUUGGUGUUGAACCUCCUAUUAUGCCUUAUCGUGAUUUUUUUAUGUCAUUGGCUUAUACUACAGGUGGCCAAUAUGUUCCCAUGGUUAAUGCUAAACUCUUGGCUAAAGUCAUUAUUGGUGGUGUGCGUGAAGAAAUUUCCUUGGAUCGGCUAAUAAAAACCACUGAAGAAGAUAUUAAUCGUGAAAUGGAACGAGCAGAUGCAGAAGGUGCUGAUGAUAAAGAAAAAGUCAAACGAAUCAGCAAUAUUUUUACAACGAAAAAUCUUUUUUCAACACAUAUGACAAAUACUUUUGGAGUGACGUCAUGUACUGCCAAGGCAUAUUCUUCAACUUGUCAAAAUAUGGCCGAAAUGCAACAUGCAUUCUUAUCAGCACCAAAAGCUGCUCCAACCACAUUUGGUGCAACUCAACCUGCUUCAUUUACAUUUGGUCCACCUCCGACUGCACCUGCUCCAUUUUCAUUUGGUACGUCUUCGACUGCUGCACUGGCACCUACACAUAUUCCAUUUCCAUUUGGUACAUCUUCGGCUGCUCCACCAACAACUACACCUACUCCAUUUACAUUCGGUACAUCUUCGGCUGCUCCAACGGCAACUACAUCUACUUCAUUUACAUUUGGUACAUCGUCGGCUGCUGCAUCUGGAUCUGCUCCGUUCGCAUUGCCUACCUCUACAGAGCUUUUUGGGGCAGAUGGUGCGCCACCAACUGCCAGAGCAGAGGCAGAUAUGACCUAUGAUGUGACGGAAAAUGCAGUUGUGAAUGAAGAUCAAGCCGAACGUAUCUAUCAAAAAUGGCAACAUCGUAAAAAAUAG